AUGCCCCUGGGCAGAUCCUUGGGGCCCAAAGCUGGCAAGAGCCACAAGGUAGAUGCCAGCCUGUCUCUUUUCCUCCCCAAACAGGAGCGCAGCUCCGAGCUGGGGAGGUGCCACCAUCAUUGGGAAGAUGGGCCCUGGCCUCCUGGUGCUUCUGACUGCUGCUGCCCUCUGUUUGCAGGCUCAGCAUCCCCAGUGAUCAGCCCUGACAGCCCUGCUGUGGUGGUCAACACGGGUGAUCCAGUCACCUUGCGCUGCUCGGGAGAUUCUGAAGUGGAAUGGCAUGGCCAAAAGAAUACGUCCACCAAUCACACCAGCAGCACGCUGAGUAUUCCCGAGGCCACUUUCAGGAAUACAGGCACCUACAAGUGUGGUUAUGUCAACAGCAACGACAAGGGCAUCGCGUCUGUACAUCUGUUUGUUCGAGAUCCCAACAAUGUGUGGUACACUCCAACUUUCCGGAUUGUUGUGACUGAAGGCAGCAAUGCUGAACUCCCUUGUCUCAUCACGGCCCCCGAGUACGGAUCCAGUGUGACUCUGACAAUAGACAGUGCUUCUGGCUACCCAAGGGGGACCAACUAUUCUUUCAGUGCAGAGAAGGGAAUGACACUCUACAAUGUGCAACGCCAGCAGAAGGGCUAUUACUAUUGCCAAGCAGUGAUAAAUGGAAAAAUAAAGAAGUCAUCAAGAAUAAGACUGAUUGUAGAAGAAGCCCUCGAGAAGCCUCUGUCAGUGAUGAUUGACCCAAGGGAGCAUGUGCGAAUCGUGGGUGAAUCUUUCACAGUCACUUGCAGAGUAACUGCUCCUUCCCACAAGUACAACAUCGAAUGGGUGGCAGCGAAGCACGCCAACAGAACUACAAACAUUAGCUUUGAAAAUGAUCACUACAUCAUCAGUCACACCCUGAUCAUUCCAGCGGUGACAACGGAAGACAGUGGGAAGUACACGUGUAUAGCCAACAAUUCUGCAGGAUUCAAGAAUGUCUCAACAUUGCUGCGGGUAGUAGAGAGAGGUUACGUGUUCCUGACCCCAGUGCAAGCCACCAGCCAGGAAGUUGCCUUAGGAGAGAGUCUGAACCUUCAGGUCCUGAUUGAAGCUUACCCUGCCCUUCUCCGCUGGGGCUGGAAGCACACAAACUCUUUGAAGAAGUCUUCGACCACCACACUUAAGAGCAAAAUGAUCUCUGGAAACAACUGGUACAACAACACGCUCGUCCUGAAUCGUCUGCAGGAAGGGGAGAAUGGCCUCUAUACGUUUUAUGCCCUAAACAACGACACCAACGCGUCGGUUACCUUCAGCAUCUCUGUGAAAUCCGCUCCAAGGGUCAGCGCCGUCAGGGUGCCAGCCAAUGACUCCAGCAUCCUUCACUGCAUGGCCGUCGGCUACCCUGCCCCACGCAUUGAGUGGUACCAGUGCCCCAUUCAUUCUACCAGAUUCAAUGAGGACUAUAUGUUGCUUCUGAAUGACUCCAAUCCCCAUGUGGUGGAGGUAUUGCCUUUCCAAGAGGUGAAAGUGGAGAGCAUCCUCCCAUUCCAGAAUCUGGGUGACAACUUCACCUUCUGCUGUGCGGCCAUUAACAGAGAGGGGAAUGCCUCUGACAUGCUUCACUCCAUCACCGUCACCAGAAAUAUCAUGGCUCCCCCAAACAAGCUCUUCAACCCCAUUCUCUCCGCCUGCAUGGGCACUUCGGUCCUGCUGCUCCUCCUACUGCUCUUCCUCCUCUACAAGUACAACCAGAAACCCAAGUACCAGGUGCGCUGGAAGAUCAUUGAGGCCUGUGAAGGGAAUAACUACAUCUUUAUUGACCCCACUCAGCUGCCAUACAAUGAGAAAUGGGAGUUCCCCAGGAAUAAUCUCCAAUUUGGAAAAACUCUUGGAGCUGGAGCCUUUGGAAAAGUGGUAGAAGCUACUGCUUUUGGGCUGGGUAAAGAAGAUUCGGUCCUCAAAGUGGCUGUGAAGAUGCUGAAAUCAUCAGCAGACACAGACGAGCAGGAGGCUCUCAUGUCUGAGCUGAAGAUCAUGAGUCACUUGGGGCACCAUGAGAACAUUGUUAACCUGCUGGGAGCAUGUACCCACGGAGGCCCAAUUCUUGUCAUCACUGAGUACUGUCGCCAUGGAGAUCUGCUGAAUUUCCUGAGGAAGAAAGCUGAAUCCAUAAUUAUCCAGGAUUCGUCUCUGGACACCUCUCUGGACAGCACUGCUGACUACAAAAACAUCGACCUGGAGAAGAAGUACAUCCGCAGUGACAGUGGCUUUGCAAGUCAGGGUUUGGAUACGUAUGUUGAAAUGAGGCCUGUGUCAUCAUCAACAUCAACAUCUUCAGCAUCAGAUUCUGCUCAAGUCAGGGGAAAAGGUUCAGAAGAAGAAGAAACCAGGGAGGACCUCCGUCCCCUUGAUCUCUCUGAUUUGUUACAGUUCUCCAGCCAAGUGGCCCAGGGCAUGGCAUUCCUCGCAUCAAAGAAUUGCAUCCAUCGAGACUUAGCAGCCAGGAACGUGCUGGUGUCAGAUGGACGGGUAGCCAAGAUCUGCGACUUUGGCCUGGCCCGUGACAUCAUGAAUGACUCAAACUACGUUGUAAAAGGCAAUGCACGCCUGCCCGUGAAGUGGAUGGCCCCAGAAAGCAUCUUUGACUGCAUUUACACAGUGCAAAGUGACGUGUGGUCUUACGGCAUCCUUCUUUGGGAGAUCUUCUCCCUUGGUAAAAGCCCCUACCCCGGCAUGGUGGUGAACAGCAAGUUCUACAGCAUGGUGAAGCAGGGAUACCAGAUGGCCAGACCUGACUUUGCUCCCUUGGAAAUCUACAGCAUCAUGCAGGCGUGCUGGAGCCUGGAGGCCACGCAGAGACCCACCUUCGAGCAGAUCUGCUGCUUCAUCCAGAAAGAACGGGACACGCAUAAGGAGCAGGCCUACACCAACCUUCCCUCCACUGCUGAAGAGGACAGCGGCUGCGACACCUCCGGCUGCUGCGAGGAGUCCUGCGAGCACGAGGAGAGCGGGCAGCCCCUUCUCAAGAGCAACAACUACCAGUUCUGUUAGCUGCUACCAGCACCUCGGCGUGACGGGGGACCUCAGGUGAUCGCCACCCUCCAGACGUGCA